GCCCGCACCGCGCAGACUCCCCGCGUCCCACUGCCACCAUGGUCCUCAAGAUCCGCCUGGCGCGCUUCGGCAAGCGCCACAGCCCCUUCUACAACAUCGUCGUCGCCCACGCCCGCACGGCACGCAACAGCAAGCCCCUCGAGGUUCUCGGCACAUACGACCCCAUCCCGAAGGCGCCGAGGCCAGGUGACCCGGAGGCCCGUCCUUUCAAGGACAUUAAGCUCGACCGGACGCGCGCGCAAUACUGGCUCGGUGUUGGUGCACAGCCAAGCGACACCGCGUGGAGGCUGCUGUCCAUGGUUGGCCUCCUCGAGCCCAGGUACCGUGUGGAGCAAGUUUUGGAGGAGGUCGAGAAGGCGGACAAGAGGCGAAAGUAGCCAAUGCAAUCGAGGGUGACACGAAUGAGUUCUGCAUGAAGGCGCGGGAGCGCGUGCAUUGGGCUUUGGCGUUUGGGGAAAUCAAUGCUCAGGCUUGGGCAAUUUGUGGCAUUGUGUCGAAAGAUAUAGCGCUUCGAGGGUUUACGGACGCGCUUGUAACAUCACCGUAUAGCGAGUUAAACGACAUGGCUCUUCGCGUA